AUGAGAAGCUAAAAAAAUAUAAUUAUUAAGAAAACUUUUAUUCCCAUUACUAUAGAAAAUGAAACAAAUUUUUAGAAAGAUAUUAAAAACAUAAGUAAGUUAGGAUCUAUAUGUAUAGAAGGAUCUCAUAUGAGAGCAUCAGGAUCUGCUCCUAAUUUGCAUAUUUUAGCAAGGCAAUCCAUUUCACCAGAAGAAUAUUUAUCUUUGAAAAAGACGUCAAACGAAAAGAAAGCUGAAGCUACAUCAAUCUUGCUAUCUUUGAAAAAUAAGGAAAACAACAAGAGUUUGAACAAAUUAAAAUUGUAACCUUUAACUACUUCAAAUGCAAAACAAAAUUAACUUCCAAGUCUUCCUAUUCCUUUGACUAGUAUUGCUAAAAAUACAAUAGAACUUUAAUAGCCUGUUAAAAAUUAAUUGAAGGGUAGAAACUAAAGCAUGAAAAAACUAAAACCUUUAAAUAAACUAGAAUACCAGAUUGAAGAAACAAAUUUAAAUGAAUAAGCAACUGAAGAAAAGCAGGAAUAAAAUAAAAAGCCAAAGAAAAUUAAAAAGAAAAAAGAAAGUAGCAAAGAGACUCAAUUUUUUAUGAAAAGAAUAUAUUCAACUCAAGAAGCGUUAUUAGAAAUAAUCAAAGUAAUAUAAGAAUUAGAAAUAAUAGUUGAAGGCGAUAUAUCUUCUUAAGAACUGAUAAAAGUUAUAGAAAACCUUAUAAAAGGAAAAGAUGAAGCAAAAACAUAAAUGUCUUUAUGUAGAAAGGAAGAAAGUUUUAACAUGAUUUAUGAGAAAAUAUAUCCAAAAAUAUUGGAUGCUAUUUGCAGUUAAGAAUUUUCAGAUUAAUAUUAAUAUAUAAACAAAAAAUUUACUGAGAUCUUAAAUUAAACUCCUCAUGUAAUUUUAUCAAACGCCAAUGAUGAAUCCUCACAACAGCUUUAACAGAGUUCAACUUCAAAAUCUUAUUUUUGA